AUGAAAGAAACUCUCCUUUGUUUUUUUCUAGGCGCUUGCGGUACCCGCACCUCCUUCAAACCAUGUCCAAAAAAAUGCUCACCGAAAGAACGGCCUGUUUGCGGCUCGGACAAGAAAACGUACAAAAAUGGCUGCUUUCUUGCUCUUGCCAAGUGUGGUUUGCCCAAGAAAGACAGAGGCUCACUACGUUUAGAGUACAACGGGCCUUGUGGGGCACCUGCCACACCUAAACCAUGCCCCAGAUGGGAGGACUGCAAAAUCAUAGAUAAACCUGUGUGCGGGACGGAUGGCAAAACCUACCCAAAUGUUUGCCGCUUGCGGGUUGCCAUGUGUCACGCGCGGAGAAACAAGCACAGGCCCAUCAAACUUAGACACAGAAGUGCGUGCAAGACCAGGAAGGGAAAGAAAGAAAAAGGAAAGAAAGGCAAAAAGAAUAAGAAGGAAAGAUCUAAUCGUAAAGGAAGAAAAGACAGGAAGGAAUAA